AGACCGGAAACGGCAUCAGCACCGACGGAAGUGGCUACUACCUAACGUCAGCGAUAGCUAGAAUUGGUAUUAAUCGUUUUGAUAGCCUUUACAUUCAGUAGGUGACCCUCCGACGGGUAACUUAAUUAGGUAAAACGGUGUUUACUUGCCGAGUUUGCGGCUCUGUGUAAGGUUACCCUGCGACUGAUGGCCAAUCCCUCAGUUAUUGUUAGCCUGCUGCUAGCUAGCUAGCAUCACCCGGUGUCGAUAACGGCCGGUUGAGCAGCGGACUCAGUUGUACGGUAGCUACACCCUUACCAGGCGGCCGUGUGUUUAUAUAUGAGCUUUAUUUCCCCUUGCCAGGUUUGUCCUAAGCGUUAAUUAUCAAUAUAAUAGUCAUGGCUACCGGGGCUGAUGUGAGGGACAUUCUGGAGCUGGGCGGCGGGGACAAUGACGCUCCCAUCAGCAAGAAAGACUUCAUCAACUCAGAAAAGAAAAAAACAAAGAAGACGACUGAAACGCUGACCUUCAAGAGACCAGAGGGGAUGCAUCGAGAGGUCUACGCUUUGCUCUAUUCAGAUAAAAAAGACGCCCCCCCUCUGCUUCCCAGCGACACGACCCAGGGUUACAGGACAGUCAAAGCCAAGCUGGGCUGUAAGAGGGUGCGGCCCUGGAAGUGGAUGCCCUUCACCAACCCAGCUCGCAGGGAUGGAGCCAUAUUCCACCACUGGAGACGCAUCACAGAGGAGGGGAAGGACUAUCCUUUUGCCCGCUUUAACAAGGCGGUGCAGGUACCAGUGUACUCAGAGCAGGAGUAUCAGAUGUAUCUCCAUGACGACGGCUGGACCAAAGCAGAGACAGACCACCUGUUUGACCUGUGCAAGCGCUUUGACCUGCGUUUCAUCGUCGUCCAUGACCGUUACGACCACCAGCAGUACAGAAAACGUUCUGUGGAGGAUCUGAAGGAGCGUUAUUAUAGCAUUUGUGGCAAGCUGACCAAGGUGCGUGCACAGUCGGGGACAGAACCAAAGAUCUACAUAUUUGAUGCUGGCCAUGAAAGACGCCGGAAAGAGCAGCUGGAGAAACUCUUCAAUCGCACACCUGAGCAGGUGGCAGAAGAGGAAUAUCUUAUCCAGGAGCUGAGGAAGAUUGAGACAAGAAAGAAAGAGCGUGAGAAGAAAGCACAGGAUCUGCAGAAGCUCAUCAAGGCAGCCGAUACGACUACAGAGCUGAGACGAGCCGAAAAGAGGGUUUCCAAGAAGAAGCUCCCACAAAAAAGAGAAACAGAAAAACCGUCCUCCCUCCGUCCACAGGCAGUUCCAGAGACAGCGGGCAUCAAAUUCCCUGAUGUUAAAUCAGCAGGAGUCACGCUGCGCAGUCAGAGGAUGAAGCUGCCAAGCUCGGUAGGCCAGAAGAAGAUCAAGGCCAUUGAGCAGAUCCUGACGGAGCAAGGAGUGGACCUCAACCCCAUGCCCACGGAGGAGAUUGUCCAGAUGUUUAACGAGCUGCGUAGCGACCUGGUGCUGGUCUACGAGCUGAAGCAGGCCCACAGCAACUGCGAGUAUGAACAACAGAUGCUACGUCACCGCUACGAGGCCCUUCUGAAGGCCGGAGGCGGAGGUGGAGGAGGCGGGACUGCAGGGGCCGGAGCUGCCGCCACACCUCAAACCGGGGAACCCAACGCCAAUAACAGCACUGCAGCGUCCACCCCAGGAGGUGAAGCCCAGGUGUGGCCCAGCGCGGACGACAUCAAAGUGGAGGCCAAGGAGCAGAUCAUCGACGUGGUGGGAGCCCCGCUUACCCCUAACUCACGCAAACGGAGAGAAUCAGCAUCCAGCUCCUCAUCAGUGAAGAAGGUGAAGAAGCCUUGAUGAGGAGGAGAGGACGGUGGAAGAUAAGGGACAAAGUCACCAGUCUGUCUCCAGUCACGGUGGAGAGGCCCACGAGCUUUAUGGUUGGACGUGAGAGGCAUUGAGGAGUUGGUCACUGUACAUUUAUAUAGAAGCACCACAGACUAAUGUCAUACUCCCAGAAUCUCUCUUUCUCUCUCUCAUACACACACAUACACACACACACACACACAAUCACAGAUAGAUACAACUUCGGUCCUCUCACCAACUAACCAGACUCCUCCACCCCCCAAGUCUUGCCCACCACCACCACCGUUGUGACAAAGGCAACAACUGAGUGACAUUUCAUUCCAUUACUCCUCGUCUCCCUGGCUCCACCAUCGCUCAGGCUCAGAUGAGGCAAGAUCAACUGUAAAUUGCCAGGCUGAGCUAAUCGGGCCAUGGGGAAGAAGGUGGGAAUGACUGGGUAAUUGAAAUGAAUUGAAAUGAAAGGAGAGACCGUGAGAGAGUGGGAGGACCUCGAGCUACCACGUUCAAUUUACCCAUCUCAGGUUUUUUGCAGCUUAAUCAUGCCAUACUGUUUACUGGAAAUGUGUUUUUUUUGUGUGUGUGUUAGCCCUCAGUACCAGCUCCCUGUCCCAUCACUUGAAUGUGUCUCUGGACGGAGAGUGCCUCUCUGUGUUAGAUUAGCUGUGAAGCUCCCUGGUCAAUUUUGCUACUUUGUUUUCAUCUGCUGUCUUUGCUUUAGAAGGGCGAGCGAGGCUGAUCUGUGCCAUGUGUCCUAAGGUGACCUUGAAGAUACUUUUCUCAUUGACUCAAUAAACCUUAUUGUGUGUGUUUUUUU